UGGCCAUGAUGCUGUGUUAUCGUGCAUUAGUACCCGCGCCGCACCGCAUCGUGCUCCAGUCUGUAUUUACACUGCGAAGAGGUUAUGAUCUGAAAUAAUAAAUACUGAUCUCGCUUCUGUGUAUACUUAUAAAUACUAGCCAUCAUCUGCAUGCUUCGUCAGAAAAUAUAUACUGCAAGUGAGGCGAAUGACAAUGCCUUGGUGCUUGUGUGCGUGUGUGUAGUCAAGUGCCUAUUUUCUCGUGAGUAAUUAUUAGCGUGUAACAUUGGCUUUGCCGGUGCAUCGCGACCAUGUAAACAUAAGGAGCGCAAAUUCUCGUAGCAGCAGGAUAAGCAAACGCAAGAAAAAUGACUCGAUACUGGCUCAACGUGACCUUCAUAAGGAUCAUUUAUCCUGCCAUCCUCGUAGCGUGCACGGUAUGGAGACCCGUGGGAUUGUCGCUGGUCUACCUGGGGCUGGCGCUCGUGUCGCCGCUGGUGCCGGUGCCAACGGCCAAGUCCAUGAAGGGCCACACCGGCAGAUACCUGAAGGCCGCUAUCGCAUUGAGCUUCGUCCUGGUGAUGCUUCAAGCGGCUUUUCAAAUCGUACUUGCGUCGCUGCCACCUUACGGCUAUUUCCUGGAAAAUUGUGAAUUCACGGAAACGCUUCUGAGGCACGUAGGUCUGGUGAGGUUGAACCAAGCCUCGGCAUGGGAAAUACUUUUCUGGCUGACACCGGAAAUCGUCGUGUUCCCAGUCACGCUGACGAUUUAUUGUCUGUGCCGUCGGCUCACCCUCAGUCCCGUCCAAGGAGAUGAGAAUGUCACAGCGACCGUUGAACAGUACGAGAGGCGCUCCAAGGAGCGUUCGGCCAAGAUUAUCAACUUCCUCGGCACAAUCGGCACCUACGUAGUUUUGGCAGUGCUCUGCUGCGCAGCGGCUCUCAAACCGUCGGUCGAGGGUGCCUUCUAUUUCCUCGUGUUCCUCGGCUCGGCCACCUGGUGGGCGUGCCAUCGCGAGCUUCGUCGAGGAUUCGCCGUGGUCGUGCGCGUCCUCAUGUUCGUGGUGGCCCUGCACAUCUUAGUGCUGCUGUCCUAUCAGAAUCAAUGGCCGCAGGAGUACUUGCCGAGCAACGGCACCUGGGCCAGGUACUUCGGUCUGGUGGCCGUUUAUCAGACCAAUUGUUCCGAUCCGAGGAACGUCGAUUACAUCGACAGCGCCGAUUGGUCCACCUACGCCUAUUCUUUGAGGAUGUUUCUGCUGUACUUUGUGCUCGCUCUGCAGUCCAAGUUUUUGUUCCGCAAACCGAACAGAAACGAGAUUGCUGCGCCGGGGACUCCAGACGAAAGGACGCCCCUAAUGAGGUUCGGCUCGGGUCGCACUGGACUGCUGCAAGACUCCACGGGCAGUGUCACGGUCCCGGACGGUCCGCAAGACGACAGCAUUCAAAUGGCAUCUCUGAGCGAAGGUGCUCCCGAGGAAAAACCAGGCGUAUUAGAACACGUCGUCAUGGCGGUUUACUCUGUUUUUCAACUGGUCGUCAAUUCAUCCUACUUAGCAACGAAUAUUAUUAUGAUGACAUGGAGCAUAAUGUACCAUAGCUGGACGACUUUUGCUCUGUUGAUCUGGGCUUUAAUUUUGUGGAUGGUACCGAAUAAACGAGCAUCGAUGAUGAGUUGCUCGCCUUUUAUAGUAUUUUAUUCGACUCUUUUGAUACUCGUGCAGUACGUGUACAGUAUGGACCUGACCGAGGAGGAGCUGCCAACGGUGAUACACGGCAUAAACAUGGCCGAUAUCGGCUUCAAGAAAACCAACGAACUCGGCUGUUGGCACAUAGUCGUGAAGUGCCUCUUCAUGACGAUGUUCUGGAUCACGAUGAGGCAGUACACAGCGGAAAAGAUGAGGCAGCGCAGCUCGUCGACGCUUCGGGACAUGGUCGCGCCGCUGCACGUAUCCGUGACCACCGCCACCAUGAGCAAUCAACAGCAGCAGCAGGAGCAAGACAGCCUGCCCGAGAUAAGGAGCAAGUUCAUGAAAAACGUCGGCAAGAUGGUGAAAAAGUUCCUCACCAAGUAUUGGACCGCAGUUCUGGCAAUCAUGCUCUUCACCUCGGGCAUCACUGGCGAGCGCAUGACCGUCUUUCGCAUCAUAUACAUGUCGCUGUUUUUGUUUUUCAUCAUCUCGUUCCAGAUAUCGUGGAUGGCUUGGAGAAAAAUGAUGUACGCUUUUUGGAUCACGGUCAUCGCUUAUUCGGUUUUCAUGUUGAUUCUAGUCUAUACGUAUCAAUUCCGCGAUUUUCCCGAUUACUGGGAACGAUAUCUUCACAUUUCAAAAAAUUUGCAAGAAGAUAUUGGCCUGAUUACCUAUGCAACGAAGGAUUUGUUUUUAAAACUUCUCACGCCAACAUUUUUCGUCAUAAUCACUGUAGUGCAAAUUCACUAUUUUCACGAUGACUUUCUCGAAGUAACAGACAUCAAACGAAAUUUCAGCGAUGCUAUACUCAUUGACAGUCUCGGUCACUCUCCAAACACGGUUCCUAUCGUAACACCAUCUGAAGUGUUCACGAGCUCUAAUGAAGAAAAUAAGCAUGUUUUUACGCUCAAAGAGUUAAAACACAUGUCGAAGCUGGAAAGAAAAGCUCUUAUGAAUAAGAUCAGUGCUUACGUUUACGAUUUUUACAAUCACGUGUGGCUCUUUCUCGAGAUACACAUGCAAAAGAUUAUUUUCACCUCUUUCAUACUAUUUUGCAUCAAUGACGUAUGCGCCAUAAACUUUUUCUUCGUGCUAACCAUAGCAGUGGUUAUAAAUUUACGACGUAGCACGCAAAUAUUAGUGAUUAACACGCUAGCGACCGCAGUAGCUGUACUCAUGGUAAUCAAAAUGCUCUAUCAAAUAGACUAUAUCAAACACAAGGAUUGGGAUCGUAACUGUACGGAAUAUAUGCCGGGAAAUUCAACGAGUAACGAGACGAUUGUCACAAAGACUUACAACAUGGCUGAGUGGAUCGGUUUUCAAAAAGUCAGCCAAGAGAUUAAACUGCCAAAAUUACUCGAAGGAUACAUCGGUGUGAUUGUCGUAACAACGGCUCGUUCGAUAAUUGGCAUUAGACAAAUGUUUUACAGGCAAAAACAUAAUGAACCACCUGAGACGCCCCUCGUAAUGUUUCCAAACAUUAAACGUGCCGAUGCUGACAGGGGUAUCGAUUUCUGCCUCAAAUUUCUCUUCAAUUACGGCUUUUACAAAUUUGGAUUCGAAUUUUGUCUUCUGGGCAUGGUCGCCCUGAUUGGCACGAGACUCGACUUUUACUCUCUAUUUUAUAGUGUAUGGUUAAUGAUACUGUUUUCGUUACAUCGAAAAACCGUAUCGAGACUUUGGCCGAUUUUGAAAGUUUUCGCAAUUGUACUAUUGCCGUUCCAGUAUGCGCUCGUCGUGGCACCCCCUACCUGGCUGUGUAUUAAUUAUCCAUGGAGCGAUUCAGAUAUUUUGAGAGGUUUGCAAGAAUGGAUGUUCCUGCCAGAUUUAGAUUCUAGGCCGAAUUCAAAGAAACUUAUAUGUGAUUUUAUUCUAUUAUACAUGGUGGUCCGUCAAAGUUUAGUAUUUCGUAUUGAGGCGCGGCACGACAACAGUGGUCAAGAGUUUGUUGCUGCUCACAAUUAUUCCGUUUACAAAGAUAUGGAUAAUCCUAAUUUCGUCAAUCCCGUCAAGGACUAUGUAUCACAAAUUCACAAUUAUUUAGAUGUCAUCAAACGAGGCGGUAUGAUGAGUUUGAUGUGGUUCACACUGUCAAUUAUGUUUAUGGCCGGAACAAAUAGGACAAAUCUCUUUUCUUUGGGCUACCUCAUCGGUGCCUUUGUUUUUCUUUGGCAAGGCAGCGAUUUCUACUUGAGACCGGUGAAAAUUAUACUCAAGUGGUGGAAUAUACUGCUAGGCUACAAUGUAUUUGUUAUAUUUUGCAAAACCAUAUUCCAAGGAAUAGGAUGUGUUUUCAUUCAAAACCUCGAAACUCAUGCUUGCUGGGUAAUACAAUUGCUCGGAAUAGCUUGCUUAAAAAAAUUCGAGCUAUCUGCGGAACAGUUCAAGUCCAGCUCAGUUUGUGAAGUGGAUCGCGAAGACAUUGGCAUGGUCUGGGACGGAGUCUGCUUCGGUUUCUUGCUCUUUCAAAAGCGUCUGUUUCGCAGUUACUACUUCUUUCACAUAGUCGACGAAACCAAAGCCAUGAGCAUACUAGCGUCGCGUGGUGCCGAAUUACUGGAGGAGCUGCAUCAGAAACGCAUCGGAGAGCAGGAGAAUGUGGAAAAGGCUAUUUUGCAAAAGAUCAAGUUCAAAAUGGAUAAAAUCAAAGCCAAUCAGAGGAAAAUACAGGGACCUAAUUACAAGGAACCCAAAAUUCAUAAAGUCGCACCACUAGCGAGAUCGUCGAGUAUGUCCUCGUGCAUAUCCUCGACGCGUACGCCUCCUCAAGGUUACCAAACGCCAAUCGACGACGGCAACGAUGAUUACGAUGAAAAUCCACCCUUGACGCCACAAGCCACGUCUUUGCUGCAAGCACCCUCGCCUAAUUCGGCGAUCAUGACCGUAAGUUUGGAAGGAUAUCUGGAGCCCACUCGUAUAUCCUUCAGCUCGCCACCAAAUAGCGAGCUUAAUCCAAGGGUAGCCUCACCCGACGAGACUUUUCCGGUGUUUUCACCGCCACCUCACUAUCAGACUAGUAGAGUCGAGCUGAGGUCUUACAGGAGAGAAUAUAGUUUUGAAUCCUGGAAGGGUCAAAGAAGACGAUCUAUGGCUUCGCAACGAUCUCACCACACAUCUAUACGAUCGGGGGACUACUACAUGUUCGAUCACAUGGACGACGAUGACGAUUUGACCGAUUUCUACCCCGAGAGAUCUGGCUCGGAAGAUGAUCGGACUGAUAAUCAACAGCGUAGAAUGACUGUUUCACAGCUGAUGAACACGCUCAUCAAAACCGACAUUGAGGUAGCUGCUCAUGUAGCCCUUUACGGAGGCAGCCCCAAAGACGCCCUGAAGAUGCGACGCAGAAGCGUACCACCGAUGAGUAGCCACAAGAAAUCAACCGUUUCGUAUCUAAGUGCUCGAUCAGAGUCCGAUACGGCCGCGGCCACUGAUCUACCGGAGCAAGACACCGUAAGCUCAGGCGACGAUGGCGACGAUGACACCGAUCGCGAGCUUGUUGACGAAUUGGACAAAUCAUCGAUCAAAGAAACCGACAAAGCAAAGAAAAAAGGAGCCAAAGUAUCAUUCUUGACUUACUUUAAAUUUGUAUGGGCGUUUUUGAACAGCAUCAUGGUCUCUAUGACGAAACACCUCAAUCGCUACUCCAACGAUUAUCGAUACGUCAGAAAAGUACUUGCGAAAGAGAAGAAAAUACUGAAAGCAAAGCCAGAUUUUCGCAUGGGUACCAGACUGGGUAUCAAUAAAAUUUGGCAGCCUCUACCAAUAGUGAGGCAAGAAUCAACAGAAGUGACGGGGCCAGGCGUAAUCGAGGAUCCAGGCGAGGGAACGAGCCGCAGAGUCGACGCCGAUAUAAAAAGUACAAUUACAUAUCCAAAAAUCGAUGAGGAAGAGGUGGAGUUGUCGGAAAAAGACCAACCACCGAUCAUUCAAUUAGCCCAAUCGAUUUGGUUUGGAAUUCUAGCCCAUUCGACCUUUUUUUGCUAUUUCAUGGUAUUUUUGCAUCAAAUAAAGAAUGCCUCGUUGCUCUCGACGCCACUGCCGCUUAUGGUCUUUCUUUGGGGCUCUUUGACCAUUCCAAGACCUUCCAAAACAUUUUGGAUUACUUUGAUCGCCUACAUCGAAGUUAUUGUCAUUGUCAAGUGCAUUUGUCAACCAGCUAUUUUGUCGUGGAACAAAAAGGAACUAUCCUCUUAUCCUUUCGAGAUACCGAGAAUUUUCGGAGUCGAGAGGAAGCCGAAUUACGCUCUAUGGGAUUUGUUAUUAUUACUAGUCGUAUUUUUCCACAGAUUCAUGUUAAAAUCCUUGGGCCAAUGGACUAGUCCAACUUCGACAAGAUUGCGAAAAUAUCCCGCUGGAUUAACACUCGCAACAGUAAGACAAGCAGGAGGCGACGCAGACAACGAAAGCGUGAUCAAAGUAGCUACCAAUGAGCCAAAUAGCGGUGCAAGUAGUAUUAUAGAUAAAUCUGAUAGCCAAAGUGUGGAAGUGACCACUCCGAAGGGUCGAGUUUUAAAAUUAUACCCGAGAGGCGAAGGCGAUGAACCAAACUUACCACCUAACAUAGACAACGAGGAACUCGUUGUUAUAGAAGCCGUUGAGAGAAAUGUCCUGGAUGAGAGUCUAAAAAAUGCUGUGUCCUUGUCGCUCAACGCACACUUCGAACCGAUUAAGGCAUUUUUCCACAGCAUUUUGGAUCCUCAAGGAAAAGAAAAAACCAACGUCUACGCUUACAUGUUUUUUUGUGACUUCUUUAAUUUCUUACUAUUGAUUUUUGGAUUUUCAUCCUUUGGUGCUCAACAAGGAGAUGGUGGAGUGACGGAAUACUUAUCGGAAAAUCGUGUUCCGCUGCCAUUUUUGCUCAUGUUGCUCUUGCAAUUUGCUCUGAUAGUCAUAGAUCGAGCAUUAUUUUUAAAGAAGUCUAUACAAGGAAAGCUAAUUUUUCAGUAUUUCUUGGUUAUCGGUAUACAUAUCUGGAUGUUCAUCAUUUUACCAAGUGCUACCGAAAGACAAUUCAACACUAAACUAAUACCUCAAAUAUGGUACAUGGUUAAGUGCUUUUAUUUGUUGCUUGCUGCAUACCAGUUGAGACUUGGUUAUCCGACUCGUAUACUGGGCAACUUUUUAUGUAAAAAGUAUUCGAUAGUUAAUUAUACAUUAUUCAAAGGUUUCAUGGUCGUACCGUUCCUGUUUGAAAUGCGAGCAGUCAUGGAUUGGAUUUGGACCGACACAUCUAUGACGGUGAUGGACUGGUUCAAAAUGGAAGAUAUUUUUGCUAAUAUAUAUCAAAUUAAGUGUAUGCGUGGAUUGGAAAACGAUUAUCCUCAAGAACGAGGAGUGAAAAAGACUCAAUGGAGUAAAUACCUCAUUGGAGGUGGAGCUCUUUUCCUUAUGAUUGGUAUGAUUUGGUUCCCUCUACUACUUUUUGCUCUAGGAAGCAAAGUAGGCAUUGCGAAUAUACCUCAAGAAGUCACGCUGAAUCUUCGAAUCGGCUCCUACGAACCAAUUUACGUUUUAUCUGCUCAAAACAACUCGAUCUUCGAGUACAGUCAGCAAAACUACGACGAUCUGCGAGGAAUGUACGAAGUUACGCAUAGAGACAGAUCAGCUGUGACUUUUUUGGAAAAUUAUCAGAACACCGAUGUGGCAGCUAUUAAAUUCAGUACGGAAUCUGGCAGAGUAUGGAACGUCUCACCACCCGAUAAAGAUCGGUUGAAGACGGAAUUAGCUUCGAAUUAUACUGUGACGAUUCACGUGGAAUUGACAAUAGUUCGUAGACCCCCAUCGAAAGAAAUGUCUGGCGUCACGACAUUUGUCAAGGACUUUUUUCUUGAACCAUACGUCAAUGGAACAUUUAACCCGUCCAGAGUAGAACUUUUGAAGGCGCUAAAUGGUACGGGCAGCGAUGUGAAAUUGAAAAAUAUUCUACCCAUGUUUUUCAAAGUGACUAGUCGAGGUGUAACGAUUGUUCCACAACUUAUGAGACCUUUGGUGGAUAUUAGAACCAGGGCAAAUCUUGAAGCAGAAAACAGCGCUUCGAAUGAUUUAUAUCUCUACCGAGAUGUCGUGCUACUUGUGGAGAAUAAUUCUUUAAAUCAACAAUGGUUCUCUGUUAGUGAACCAUGCAACGAUACAAUUUAUAACAGUACAUUAAACGAAAUACCUCUGAAUGAUUGUUCCUACAUAAUGAUGUAUUUUUUCAAUGACAAAAUGUUUCCCGAAGGCCUGAGUUUUAUCAGCGGCUUGGGUAUUUUUGGUUUGUAUACCACAGCCGUUAUAUUGGUGAGCAGUUUUAUCAAAAGAAUGGUUAGCGAUAUGGCCCCGAAAAUUAUGUUCGAAGAUUUGCCUUAUGUCGACCGGAUACUGCGACUCUGCCUUGACAUCUAUCUUGUCAGAGAAAGCGGCGAUCUAUGUCUGGAAGAGGAUUUAUUUGCCAAACUCGUUUUCUUAUAUAGAUCACCAGAAACUCUGAUAAGGUGGACCAGAUCACCUGAACCGGGUGAACAACCCGAUGAGAACGACGAAGAAAAUUACAACGAAAUAGAUGACCGUGGUAGCAACCCGGACGAGCCGGAUGAACCGGAUCAACCGCGAAGGCGCGUAUAAAGUCGUGCAUCGUGAAAAAUAUUGCAGGGACAAUCUCACAUUUCAUGAUGAAUGAUCACAAGUGCGAGUUAUUUAAUUAGAUGUUUUUAAUUUUUUUAUACUUAUAUUAUGUGAUUAUAAUCAAAUGCACUUUAUGACAUGCAUUUAUGAAGCGAGUUUUCAUUAUUAAUAAUAUUCAUUUUCAUGUUCCAAUACAUAAUCUA